AUGGGGAGCCAAGGAGGAGCGAUCGUGAGAAAACCAAGGUUUCUGUGUCUCCAUGGAUUCCGUACGAGCGGAGAAAUCAUGAAGACGCAGCUUCACAAAUGGCCUCAAUCUGUUCUUGACCGACUCGAUCUCGUCUUUCUCGACGCUCCUUUUCCUUGUCAAGGCAAAUCCGAUGUCGAUGGGAUCUUCGACCCUCCCUAUUACGAGUGGUUUCAAUUCAACAAGGAGUUCACGGAGUAUGAGAAUUUCGAGAAUUGUUUGGAGUACUUAGAGGAUCGCAUGAUCAAGCUUGGUCCCUUUGAUGGUCUCAUUGGAUUUUCCCAGGGGGCAAUUCUCUCCGGGGGAUUACCAGGACUUCAAGCUACGGGAAAGGCACUUCAGAGAGUAGCUAAAAUCAAGUUUCUCAUUAUAAUCGGAGGAGCUAAGUUCAAAUCAACGAGCGUUGCAGAGAAUGCGUAUUCCUCUUCCUUGCAAACUCUCUCCCUCCACUUUCUAGGAGAGACGGAUUUCUUGAAACCUUAUGGAACGGAGCUCAUCAAAUCGUUCAAGAAUCCGGUUGUUGUCAAUCAUCCCAAAGGCCAUACGGUUCCGAGGCUCGAUGAGAAAAGCUUGGAGAAAGUUACGGGAUUCAUCGAUACCAUAGAGAAGCACUUGGUAAUGGAGGAAGACAAGAAAUCCUCUGAAUAA